AUGGCCCGAGAGCACAGACAAAAAGGGGCCGCGAAGCUGGGGCUGGGGAGGAGAGGGGCAGCAGCAGGUGCGAGUUGCCCGCAGGUUCCAGCCCACUCGGCGCCGAGCGCUUCUUGGGCGAGUCUGCCCUUCCCGCCCCAUCGCCUGGCCUCCCGGCCCCCCAGCGCCCCUCCGACGGAGUGUCCGGGCCUUUUCACCGUGGCCGCUCCACCCCCGGGAGCGCCUUCUCCUCCCGCCACCCUGGCGCACCUUCUUCCCUCCCCGGCCAUGUACAGCCUUUUGGAGACUGAGCUCAAGAACCCCGUGGGGCCGCCCACCCCAGCCGCGGGCACGGGCGGCGCCGCAGUUCCCGGCGGUGCAGGCAAGAGUAGCGCGAAUCCAGGCAGCGGUGCGAACGCAAGCGGUGGCAGCAGCGGUGCUGCGAACGGCGGCGGCGGCGGGGGCACGGAUCAGGAUCGCGUGAAGCGGCCCAUGAACGCUUUCAUGGUCUGGUCCCGCGGGCAGCGGCGCAAGAUGGCCCUGGAGAACCCCAAGAUGCACAACUCGGAGAUCAGCAAGCGCUUGGGGGCCGAUUGGAAACUGCUGACCGACGCCGAGAAGCGACCGUUCAUAGACGAAGCCAAGCGGCUGCGCGCCGUGCACAUGAAGGAGUACCCGGACUACAAGUACCGGCCGCGCCGCAACCCAGUGGGCGUGGGCCAGCGCCUGGACACGUACACGCACGUGAACGGCUGGGCCAACGGCGCGUACUCGCUGGUGCAGGAGCAGCUGGGCUACGCGCAGCCCCCGAGCAUGAGCAGCCCGCCGCCGCCGCCGGCUCUCCCGCAAAUGCACCGCUACGACAUGGCCGGCCUGCAGUACAGCCCCAUGAUGCCCCCCGGCGCCCAGAGCUACAUGAAUGCCGCGGCCGCCGCCGCCGCCGCUUCGGGCUACGGGGGCAUGGCGCCCUCCGCUGCCGCCGCCGCCGCCGCCGCCAUGAGCCUGGGCCCCAUGGGCUCGGUGGUGAAGUCCGAACCCAGCUCCCCGCCUCCCGCCAUCACGUCGCACUCGCAGCGCGCGUGCCUCGGUGACCUGCGCGACAUGAUCAGCAUGUACCUGCCACCCGGCGGGGAUGCGGCCGACGCCACCUCGCCGCUGCCCGGCGGACGUCUGCACGGGGUGCACCAGCACUACCAGGGAGCCGGGACUGCCGUCAACGGCACGGUGCCGCUGACCCACAUCUGA